AUGGGGUGUGGUUAAAGCUAAUUAAAUAAUACUUGCUAACCUAGAGAUUUAAAGGAUAAUGAUAUUGGAAAUAAUUACAAAUUUAGAAGAUAGCUGACGAACAGAUUAAAAAUGUAGAAUAAAAUGUUUGUGUAGAAAAAUAAUGGUAAAAUUUGGGAAGACUACAUAAUUCAUAAUCAAAUUGGCUAAGGGCAUUUUGGAGUAGUCAAAAAGGUGGUUCAUAAAAUAACAAAUGAAGAACGGGCAGUUAAAAUAAUUUAAAAGAGUCAAGAAAAAGCUUAAAAGUAUUCAUUAAAUGAGAUAGAACUUCUUAGAUCACUAGAUCACCCACACAUCUUAAAAAUUUAUGAGUUUUAUGAAGACAAAAACAAUUUUUAUGUUGUCUUGGAGCUUCUAAAAGGUGGUGAACUAUUUGAUAAAAUAUCAGAAGGUAACAUGUUGAAAGAAAAAUAAGCACAAGAAAUUAUGAGAUAAAUACUGAGCGCUAUCAUUUAUGCUCAUAGUCAAAAUGUAAUGCAUAGAGAUCUCAAACCUGAAAAUAUCCUAUUAGAAGUUGAUUCUUCUGAUAAUUUCAAUAUUAAAGUUAUAGAUUGGGGAGGAGCAAUGAGAUUCGAGUAAGAUGAAUUAUAUUAUGACUUCUUUGGAACAAAGCUAUACAUGUCUCCUGAACAAUAUUAGCAAAAAUACAAUUACAAGUGUGAUCUUUGGAGCAUUGGAGUUAUAUUGUUUAUUUUAAUUAGUGGGGAAUCUCCCUUUGGAGAUUCUCCUUAGACAAUAUAAAAAAAUAUAUUAGCUAUGAAGUAUAAAUUUAACUAGGAGUCUUGGCAUAGUGUAAGCUAAGAAUGCAUGGAUUUGAUUAGAAAAUUAUUGUGUUCAUAAGAUAAGAGAUUGACUGCGUAAUAAGCAUUAAAUCAUCCUUGGUUUAAGUUGAGUUUUUAGGAGGAAGAAGAUCCUAAAAAAAAGUAUCUUGCUCAAUUAGAAAUGACUAGAUGUUCAAGCGUGGAGUCUAGUAAGCAUGAAUGCAAGAAAAAUUUAAUGAAAUUAAGAUAAUUCAAUUGCAUGCAAAAAUUCUAAGCUGCAGUGCUUAAUUUUAUAGCCUUCAAAAUGAUUAGUAAAAAAGAGUAUAACUAUUUAAGAGAAUAAUUUAAAUAGCUUGAUUUAAAUGGUGAUGGAAUUCUAACGAAAGAGGAGUUGAAGACAGCUUACAAAUAAAUUUAUUCGAAAAAAGAAUUGAGCUAAAUUAACUUAGAAGAGAUAUUCGAUUAAAUUGAUCUUGACAAUAAUGGAGUCAUAAAUUUUACAGAAUUUAUUUCAGCCACCAUGGACAAAUAGAACUCUCAAUAAAAAGAAAAGUUAUUGCAAGCUUUUAAUUAUUUUGACUAAGAUAAAAAUGGCUACAUUACUUAAGAUGAAUUAGCGAACAUAAUAGGAAAUUCUUAAGAAAAUAGCAUUCUGAAUAAUACUUAAGAAGACCCCAUAUUUUCUAGUUUAUGGUAGCUCAUAUUAGAGCAGUCAGAUAAAAACUAAGAUGGAAAAAUAGAAUUCGAAGAAUUUGAAUAUAUGAUGAAUUUAUAUGCGGAAUCUUCUGAUUAAUAAAAACAAGACAUUAUUUUAUAACAAAAAUGA